AUGCGAGACGGAUGUUUUAGGACACCAUGUUCAUACACAGAAAGUUUGGACAGAAGUGCUCAGUUUUCACCAGUUGCUGAAAAUAAUGCCAAAAGGACGUCGGGGGCUGUGAACAGGUCAAAUAGAGUCAAGGCAACACUUCUCCCAUGGUGUGUCGCGCUAGCUGUUCUUCUUAUUGAGAUCUUCACGAUUGGCUCCUCAAUCGGUCAAUUCUUGGUCGGAGAAUGGUUACCAUGUGCUGUCGUUGUUACAUGCGAAUACAUUCUUCUGCUCUAUAUCGUGACUGUUGCAGUUUGGAUAAUUUACGAUAUGUUUAGUGUCUCUUCCGAGAGGGGAUUCAUGCAUGCCAGUUUUGGCAUGAUAUUACCGUCGCCCUAUCCUCAUUCCAAAGUAUCUAAACCUCACUAUCCGCUGGAUACUUCCAAUCGUGCAGAUUCCUCUUGGAUUGAUGACCACCACUUCGGUAAAGUCGCAGAGGAAAGCCCAUCACUGUCUCGACCUGCGUACUCCUCCCCAAAUCACAGGUAA